AUUGGAUCUACCAUUUUGUUGAUCAAACUCUGAAGUCACAUGUUCGUGCUCUACGAAAUUUCUUUGUGUUUUACUUCAGGUUAAGUCUGUAUUAGUGGAUUUUAAACAAUAAGUAUUAUUAAUUUGUGCUUCUAGAAUAUACACCAAAUCAUAUUAUUACUGACCGAUUAUUUCCUGACGAUAAUUAUUCUCAAAACAAAAUGAACGCAGAUAAAUUGAAAAAACUAAGCGACCAGGUGAGAAUAGGCGGUAAAGGCACACCACGACGAAAGAAGAAGGUUGUACAUACGACAGCGGCCACAGACGACAAAAAACUCCAAAGUACAUUAAAAAAGUUAGCCGUUAAUACAAUACCUGGAAUUGAAGAAGUAAAUAUGAUCAAAGAUGAUGGUACUGUAAUACACUUCAACAAUCCAAAAGCACAAGCUUCGCUUGCAGCAAAUACUUUUGCUAUAACGGGGCAUGGUGAUUCAAAAUCCAUGUCUGAACUACUGCCUGGCAUAUUAAAUCAGUUGGGCCAUGAAGAAAUUGGUCAGCUAAAACGCUAUGCAAGUGGGUUCGCAAGUAACAAUCUCAUUGGUAAGUCAUUAAUUGAAGAUGACGAUGAGGUACCAGACUUGGUUGGAAAUUUUGACGAUGCCAGCAAAGAAGAAGUGGUUGCCAAGGGAUCAUUGGAAGAAAAGACAGACAGUACUGAGAAAGCUGUUGUCGUUGAAAAUCCAGUGAGCUCAAAAAAAGAAUAAUUAUUGAAUUUUGUGGUGGCUAAUACAAUGUUGAGAAAAUUUCUAUUUUGCCGUAGUGACCGUAUUCCAUUACAACUUUAUUACAACAACAAAACAAUAUUCAGCAUUUCUGAGAAUUAAUAUAUCUGUAAAUUUGAAAA